AUGGCAGUCGUAACUGCAGCACAGCCGUGUUCUUCCAAGACGGAGUCCUACGUGGGCAAUAAGCACCAAGGAGACAUCAGCCAAGUUAACAUCAACGUCGCCCGAGCCGUGGCCGACGCCGCCCAAACCAGUUUAGGACCCAAAGGCAUGGAAAAAAUUAUCUCAAUUGCCAACGGCGAAGUCAUCAUAACCAACGACGGCGCCACCAUCUUAAACAAAAUGGAGGUCCUCCAACCCGCCACUAAAAUGCUUGGCGACCUAUCUAAAUCGCAAGACGCCGCCGCUGGUGACGGCGCCACCACGGUCGUCGUCAUCGCUGCUGCACUCCUUAUGCAAGGCCUGUCCCUUCUUACCCACGGUAUCCACCCCCUAUUAUCUCCGAUUCUCUCCGCAAGGCUUCGAUUAAAGCGGUCGAUGUCCUCAACGCCAUGGCCGUCCCUCUCGAGCUCUCCGACCGGGAAUCCUUAA